GCGGGCGCCCCGGCGCCUCGCCGGCGCCGGCUCGGCGGCGGCGCCGCGAGCUGCGGCGGGGACGACAGCCACCCGCACGAGGUGCUGUUCUUCCUCAUGUGGGCGAUAGGCGUCGGGGCGUUCAUCGCCAGCUUGAUGAUGCUCAAGCUGUUCAAGCGCGAGUGGCUGCAGCAGACGGUCGUGCUCUUCAUCCUGGGGGUGCUGUAUUCCGGCGUGAUGGAGAAGGCCGGCCUGAAGGACGACGUGGGGGCCGUCGGUAGAUCUUUCAGCAUGUGGAUGUGCAUCGACCCGCAUCUGUUGCUCUACACCAUGCUCCCGCCCUUGCUUGCCGGGGACGCCAUGGGUAUCGAUACGCGCGUGGCUUUCAAGGUGGCGAAGCAGUGCUUCUACCUCGCAGGGCCGGGCGUGCUCGUCAACGCAUCCUUGACCGCCGUGGCGCUGCAGUCGUUGCACGACGAGUGGCCGUGGUGGCUGUGCAUGACGGCGGGUGCGAUUCUGUGCGCAACUGAUCCAGUUGCCGUAGUCAGCCUGCUGAAGGAAUUGGGAGCAUCGCCCACACUCACAGUUCAGAUCCAGGGCGAAUCCCUGCUGAACGACGGCACGGCCAUCGUGCUGUACUCGUUUGCGUACGCCUUCCUGUCUAAGAAGGACACCUCGGAUCCAGGAAACAUGGUCCUCACAGGGGUAGCAAUGACACUCUACUCGUGGGGGGUCGGCUUCGCCAUCGGCAUCGUGUACUGGUUGUGGAUCUGGGCCGUGAACAGCAAGUUCCACCACCAGAGCGCCGUGAUCCAGAUUGCCCUCACGCUCGCGUGCGCAUACUCCAGCUUCUUAGUUGCCGAGGGGCUGCUUCACCUCAGCGGGGUGCUGGCCACCGUCUCCUCCUCGCUGGUCCUCGCGCACAACAUGUGGCCGCACGUGCAAAACCACCACACCAUGCACACCGUCUGGCACAUGUUCGAGUACCUCGGGAACACCAUCAUCUUCUUCCUCGCCGGGGCCCUGACGGGGCAGAAGCUCUGGAGCGUAACGUGGGGCGACUGGAUGAACCUCGGCCUGAUCUACGUCGCGAUCACGGUCAUCCGUGGCCUGAUCAUGUUCUGCUCAAGGCCGCUCCUCACCGUCCUGCACGCCGACCGGGCCGAGGUGUCCGUGGCCGACUGCAUGGUCAUGACCUGGGGAGGACUCCGCGGGGCGGUGGGCCUCGCCCUAGCCAUCCAGGUCUCCAUCGACCGCGCCGCCGACGACAGUGGUCAUGAACACAUCAGCGAGGAGGAUGCGGACCGCGUCUUAUUCUACGUUGGAGGCGUGGCGCUUCUGACGCUCAUCAUCAAUGCUACAACGUGCCCCAGCCUUGUCAAGAAGCUGGGUCUCACGAAGACGCCAGAGGCAAAGAUGAAGCUGAUGAGCCUGAUCGGCGAGAAAAUCCACCGGCACAUGCAAACAGAGAUUGCAUGCCAGCAGGACGUGACGCCCAGGGUCACAAGGAAGCUCAGCGAAAUGCUGCACGACAUGGAUGACCACCUUCAUCAUGUCCAGGGCUCCGACACGACCAAGGACACCCUCGACGUCUUACAGGCAGUCUCGCGCGGCCCUGCCAGGGCCUCGCUCGUGGCACUGGAAAUCCCGACGGUCCAGGAGGUGAUCAACGAGAGACCCGAGAAGGUGUACAAUACGUUCGAGGCCGCCGCCAGGCUGUGGAGCAGGGUCGACGAAGCGGAUCGAAAGGCGUUCCGGAACCUGUUCGACGCGGGAGACGCGGCCGUGAUGGCACCGUUCGAGGCGAGGCCCGAGCACGCGCAGGGGCUCCUCGAGGACAUGAGGCUCAGCAACGGCAAGCCGGACGCCGGCCUUAUCCGGGCCGUGAACGACUCCUUCCUCAGCAUGCUCAAGGCGGACUACAAGAGGCAGCAGCAUGAGGGCCUCGUGUCCAACGCUGAGGCCAAGGUGCUCAUAGACAGCAUCACGGCGGGCAUGAGCCGCCCGGCCUUCGACCUAUGGGACUUCAAAUACAUCUGCCAGUCCAAGAAACUAGCCUGGUCCGUCGACGCGGACAGCCUGCUCCGCCCCAGCCCAGGCGAGGAGGAGUCCAAGGGGUCCAACACCCAGGUCGCGCUGCGCUCGAUCGACGAGUCGAAGAAGCAGACGUGGAGAUCCAUACUCCAGGAGCUUCCCAUCCCGAAGGGGGACAAGGGCUUCGAUCUCCACAAGCACGGCUGGCUCGAGAGCUUUGUUGAGGGUGCGAUGUUUCAAGCGGUGGUCAUAUUUGUUGUGAUCGCCAACUCCAUCUUCGUAAAUAUCGAGGCGAUCGCCACCGAAGGGCAGGAGAGCGUGAACGGCGGCUGGCUGGUCACCGAGGUCGUCUUCAACGCCUUCUUCACCGUCGAGUUCGUCGUCAAGCUGGCGAUCCUUCGGGCGAGGUACUUCGGGGCCUGGAACUGCUUCGACAUGCUGCUUGUGUUCAUGGGGUGGGGUGGUAUCAUCGCGGAGCUCGUCCUGGUCGGCUCGGGGGUCGGCACGCAGGAAGCCCAGCUCACCAAGGGCGCCCGCUCCCUGAAGACGCUACGGGCGCUGCGCCUGGUUCGGCUGGUGCGGCUGCUGCAGGAGUUCCACUUCCGAUACACUCGAGGCGUCGAGUCGUGCGGCUGGACGGAGGAGCGCCUCGGGCGGCUCAGCGUGGCGAUGGCCUUCGUCCGGGCGCAUUCGCGGGCCUCGGCCGCGCUGCUGGAGUUCUUCGGGGGCGGCGACGGCGAGGCGUGCCUGCUCGGCGGCGAGACUUUCGCGGGUUGUGGCGUGCGCAUCCCCAACCUCCCCGAAGUGUCCCGGUGCGUCCUCCAGUCCAUGACGGCGGUGUGCCAGGCCAUGGUCGUCGGCUCUUUCGAGGUGCUGCUGCUGCCACCGUGGCUGCUGCGGGAGAAGGCCGCCUGCCAUCAGAGCAUCGAGACUGCCGCCGCACUGGAGAAGUUCAUCGAGGAGGCCAGGGAGGACGGGGUGCUGAACGCCAAGGAGGCGCACUCCAUGGUUCACCCCAUGCACGACUACUUGCGGAACCGGCAGGCGACGCUCGACAACAUGCGCUUCGGGCGGUUCCCACACACCAGACGGAGCACGAUCCACUCAGACGACAGCCAGGGCAUGCGCCCAGUGAGCAGGAGGAACAGUAUCGGUGGCGACGCCCGCAGCAGCCCGCGGCUGGGCGGGCUGCUGCGCAAGAGCCGGUCGCGCAGCGCCAGCCCGUUGGCGAAGAGCCCCACCGACGUGGCGGCGCAGGCGUCGUUGCUAGACAGCCACGGCGACAGCCCCCGCGAGCACGACCCCGACAGCGCGGCGGCAGAGGCGUCGCUGAUGGGCUCGCCACCGUAUGGAUCUCCCGCGAGCCUGGGGCCAGAAUACGGCAGCCCGCCGAAGCCGGGCGGCAGGCCCGCGAGGAAGGCCAAGGCAAAGGCCAAGAAGGCCAUAGCGCAGACCGCACUGCCAGCGGAGGAGGUCCCGCUGGAGGCGGCUUCCCCGCAGCCGGGAGCGAAGGCCCAGGCCAAGAGGAAGGCCAAGAGGGCACUCGCGGGCGAGGAGAUGGCUGGCGAUGCCGCGGCGAUGCCGCGCCCGCCCGCCCGGCCCGCGGCCUUGGCGGCGGCGAGGACGCUGGCGGGCGAGGAGAUGGCCGACGAUGCCGCGGCGAGGACGCUGGCGGACGAGGAGAUGGCCGACGAGGCCGCGGCGAUGCCGCGCCAGACCGCCCGGCCGGCGGCCUUGGCGGCGGCGAGGACGCUGGCGGGCGAGGAGAUGGCCGACGAUGCCGCGGCGAUGCCGCGCCAGACCGCCCGGCCGGCGGCCUUGGCGGCGGCGAGGACGCUGGCGGGCGAGGAGAUGGCCGGCGAGGAGGCCAAGGCACCAAGCCCAGUCGUAUUUGGCGCCGCGACGCCGGAGCAGUGAGCCGCGGCGCAACAGGCACACGAUGCGCUCGCCGAUGCUCGCCGCCGUGGCCGUCGGGGUACCUCGCCCUCUUCGUCCUCGCAGAGGAAGGGAGAUGCCGAUGCCGCUGCCCUCCUUUCGUCGCCGCGGCGGGCUUCGCGUCAGAGUCCUGGUCAGAGCGCA